CCACCUCGGGCUAAGCUAUUUGCCACAAGGUCGAUUACCUUUCUCUAGCCUUCUCGAUGGACGCAUUCCAAAACAUCCACUCGUAGAGUUUGGUUUUAGCGAGGUUCGGCCGACGAACAACGCGGAGUGGCGAACACUGGUGAACGUCCAGAAGUGGGCGUACCAGCGAGGUCCCAAGGGCCAGGAGUAGUGCCACAUAAGUGACAGUUCGUUGUGUCGUUCCAGAGCAGCUUCUUCUGGAAAAUCCCUCACUAAAGGAGAAAGAAUUGGUUCUAGACUCCUAGGGGGUCUAUGAUCAAAGUUACAAACAAGGGAAAUUGUAAAGGAACGUCAUAGAGGAAGAUGAUCAUUGUGGAGGCGUGAGGUCAUGAAUUAUGAAGUCUGCGAGCCACCGUGACGUUCUCCUUCUUGGAGACCCUUCGUGACGUUGAGAGGCCACGUGCGACAGGUAGGCAGAAAUGCAUCAGAACAGGCGGAAGAAGAAGCGGGUGAACUAUGGAGUGAGGGCGGUCGAGGUGGUCCGUGGUGCGAAGGGCUUUGGCUUUACAAUAUCGGGCCAGCAGCCGUGCAUACUCAGCUGCAUCGUGCAGGGUAGCCCAGCGGAGGCUGCUGGCCUGCGCGCUGGCGACUACCUGGUUGCUGUCAACGGUCACAAUGUCAGCAAGGUACCACACGACGACGUGGUGCAGCUGAUAGGGAGCUCCAAGGGCAUCCUACGGCUGCAGAUCGCCGAAAACUAUUACUCCGACUCCUCAGACGAGGAGGGCUUGGCCACCGUAAGAUCCAAACCCAAGUAUGCACACAAGCCACGGACUGCUAGUGCGGGUGCUUUGCAGUUGCAAUGCAGGGCGGCCAAGGUGGUCAGGGAUCUGCAGAGUGGCGCUAUGUUCCAUACAGUCCCAGGUGGCCUAGCAAUGUCUGACGCUAAAGAUCAAUAUAAUUAUUCUGGCUUGCAUUAUCGUUGGAAUAUGACAAGUCCGCUUCCUCUGCCACCACCACCGGCGUCUCACAAACGUGACUCUGAAAAGAUUGUACACAGAACAGUUGUCGGUUAUCUCGGUACUAUCGAUAUACCGAAUCAAUUGCAUCCAUCCUGUAUGAUGCAGGUUUUGAGAAAAUGCAUUAAAAGACUGAAAGCCGAGAAGCGAAAUCCAACCACCGUUCUUCUCACCAUUCACGUUGCCAAUAUUAAACUCACCAAUUCAGAGAAUCGCAUUAUCGCCGAAUACCCUUCGUAUCGAAUAAUAUUCUGUAACUCCUUUUCGGAGCAAGACAAGCAGUAUUUUGGAAUAUUAACUAAAUCCAUGAGGAACACAGAUGAUAUCGUCUCGAACUCGUGUCACGUUUUCACUAUUUAUUACAAGUUAAUCGACCAUGAAGUGCAUUCCAGUGCAUGUAAUGUGUUUGGAUUUAUGUGUACAAAAUCAUCAGAGUUAAACGUCUGCCAAGAGUUUCCUGACAGUUGUACGAGCCUUAUCGGUGCCAUACAGACAUUGUAUAUAUCCGAUUGCACGAAUGGGGAGAAUUGCACAAAUCCUUACAAUGAAGCACGCAUACGCUUGGACACCGCUUCUCCUCAACCGAGCAAUAUUAGCACGUCGACUGCUCAUUCGAGCAACAGUGAUUCUGGAAUUGGUUUUAAAGAUGACUACGGCAGCUGCUCAAGUAAAAAUCUGGCGAAUGAUUGCGAACGAAGGAGGCAUUACUCCAAUAUGCAAUAUAGGAAUGUAAGUGCACGAUUAUCCAAAGAACCUGUCAAUGAGGCUGCGGGACACCGAUUGACAGUUCGCGCGACCUCGGAGGCCAGAUUGUGGAGCGAAGAAUUAAAAUUUGAUCCUUCUAAAGAGAUGCGGCACGUGGCGGGGAGUGGGGAAGGUACGACCACCACCUGCGCCGGAACAUCUGCCCCUGCUGCGACGGCACGUACCAUGUUUGCCAGUACGUCCGUUGGAUCCCUCGCGUCCGUUUGCACCACAGCAUUGCUCGACGGCAUUGAGGACGCCGCGGAAUCUUCUAAAGUGGCGUCGACGGAGGGAUUAAAGCGCCUCAUGGACGCUACGAACAAGCUCAGCCCGAAGGUGUACUGUGGCCAAGUCACGAAAUCGUUAGUGCAUAGCUUGGAGGAUAUAAAUUCCAGCAUGGAAUACGCCCGACAACCUUACUGUCAUUCGUAUUCCGGCAAGUCUGACAAGCCUCGACCUUGGGGAAGUCUGCAGGAGAUACGGAAUUUUCGUAGCAGCGCCUCGGACAAUUGCAUAUAUGGUAGUACCGAGUCUUGUGACAAAAACAAUGACUGUAAGGGAGUGCACAUUUGGGCAAAUGGAUUUGAAAAACUGUUGGAGGAUCCAAAGGGUUUGCAAACGUUUGCUGAGUUUCUCAAGAAGGAGUUUAGUCAUGAAAAUAUAUAUUUUUGGGCUGCUUGUGAAAGAUACAAAGAUACUAAAGAUACUACUAUGCGCCGUCGAUUAGCUUGUCAGAUAUAUCAGCGCCAUUUGUCAAACACAGCCGCCGAGCCAGUAAAUGUUGAUAGUCAUGCGUCAGGACAAAUUACUCAAGAAUUACUCGACGAAGCACCCGCGGAUUUAUUUCUACAGACUCAGAAACAAGUAUUCAACCUAAUGAAGUUCGAUAGUUACCCGAGAUUCUUACGAUCGGAACUUUAUCGUGCCUGUUUGGAAGCAGGAAGCGCUGUUAUUGAUACAGAAGACUGUGAUCUACAUCUUACAAGUUCGCCUAGCGUAAAAUUAAAGAAGAGUCACUCCGAUGCGGAAGAUCGUCGUCGAAAGUCGCUUCUUCCGUGGAACAGAAAAAAUAGAUCUAAAUCAAAAGAUCGUGGUGAAUCCGAAUACAAUAAAACCCCUAGCCGAAGUGAGACUAUAUAUAAAAGCUUUACAGUUAUUAAGAGAGAAACGGAAGGUAACAAUAAUGAAGACACAGUGUCAAUAUCUAGUAGUCGGUCAUCGUUAGCGUCGUGGGAUUUGGCAUUACGGCAAUCGUUUAACAAACAUUCUGUAUCGUCUUACGAUGGGCAAACGAACGAAAAGAAAGAUGCUCGCAGCAAAUGCACGGGUUUAUCUCGAGUCAUAUUACCUGAUGGGUCCACUACUGUAGUGACAACCAGCCAAACCGAGAGCAUUAAAGACGUGGUUACCCGUUUGCUCGAUAAGCGAGCCCUACGAUAUUCUAACUAUGAUGUUCUGAUACUAGCAACAGAUGAGAUGGUGGACACGAAGUGUUUUUCGUCAGUAUUAGCAGGCCAGGAAGUGGAAGUCGUCCCCACAAAAGUUUUAAAAGUAGAAUUACCCUCGCGAAGGAUAAUAAGCAUUAUCGCUCACAAGGGUAAAACUCUGAAAGAAGUCUUGAGACCUCUUCUAAAUAAAUAUGGUUUCAAUUUAGACUUGAUUAGUAUUUGGAGUGAAGGCCGUUGUGUUCCUAUGGAUAUUAUGGCUAUCAGUGCUCCUACACGCAUUAUUGUAAUGGCGAAUGAAGAAGAUUUUCAACGGGAAUUGCAUACUGCUAAAUAUUUAGACGAAAUGCAACACGCACAACCAACUCUAGAUGAAAUAACUAAUAAGGUAUUUGAGGAGCUCCUGGUUGGAAAAAGUAGAAAUAAGUAUCAGUAUAGUGAAGGAUCAUGUAAGUCGGAUGAUCAACGUUCGGAGGGAUCUUCUAUAUUAUCUAGCAAAUUCUUCCUUCGAGAUUCGACAAUUCACGGAAAGAAGAAGGCGAAAUCUAAAUGUUGCAACACAAGUGAAAAGGGUAAUUCAAACGAUUGCAUUCAUGAGGGAGCACCCAUUAAAUCCCAGCCACCACUUAUCGCAAAGUGGCGUAAUGGCGUAAAAUUGCAACUUCCAGGCAGAUUUGACGGAGAUGAAUUAUACGAGGGAUUGAAAAGAGCGCAAAGAUCGAGAUUGGAGGAUCAGAGAGGGACAGAAAUUAAUUUUGAAUUACCAGAUUUUUUAAAGAACAAAGAGAACGGGAAACCAUCCGAUUCUAACAAGAUGCGAAGGACUCGGGUAGUGUCGGCCAAUUACGAAAGCACCACGAAGUUUUAUGACUCAAGCGAGGAUAAGCAAAGCAGCAGUGGAUACGAGUAUUCUGCGCACGUGACAAACGGAGCCGCAAACGAGCGAUUUUCAGCCUUGGUUAAUAUUACCGAGCCUUUAAGUAAGUGCCUUGAGAGCUCAUUCAAUUUAGACUGCGAUAGGACAUUGGUGGAUGGAGAUCAAACGAUUAUCGAGAACGGUACUGAUUCCCCGUCGAAGAGUCCGCACUCAGGAAGCUACGGCGGCACGGAUGUGUCGCAUACGAAGCUGUCCAAACCUCCACCGUUACCGCCGAAGCCCAAAAAUCUUGUUGUGAACGUGGUGAAAAGUGGCUACAUCACGUCUCCGAAAACUCUACAAAGGCCUAAUCAUGUGAUUGAAUGAAACAACUGAACACAAUGUAAAAAGAAGAUAUUUUUUAGUUAACGUCGCGUUUUUAGCGUAGUUUCAUGUGAUGUCAUAAUUAAUCAUUUGGACACGAUACAAUACGAUAACUGAGUAAAACUUUGAUCGUAUCUAUAAAUUAUUAGAAAGAAUAGCUCUGUAUGGGUGUUUCUACGGACAGAAGCUACAGAGCAACAUGAUUAACCCUCUAUUAUGCAUUUUUCUAUCAUAUAUUCACAUUCCACAACUUAGAUUUUAUUUCGAAAAUGUGUCCUGUCUGU